GACCCGCGGCGGAGAAGUUGAGUCGGAGCCGCCGCCAAGUGUCCCGCCGAGCGGCUCGCGCGCCGAGCCCGCCUCAGCCCUCCGCGGGCCCCGCGACCUGCCCGGGCAGUUGGCGGCUCGGUCCGGUCUGGUCCGGUUCGGUCCGGUCCUGCCCGGCGGGGCUCGGCUCUCGACCGCCGGCUGCCUCCACAACCGUCCUUCCCCAGGCAGAAGAUGGCUGAGGGCAGCCACCCUGCGGGAUGGAGGUAGCUGGCCCUCGGCGGAACCGGCGUGCGGUUCCUCGCCGCUGUGCUGUAAAUCCUCCCUCGCCGCCGGCGGGGCGGGCGGCUCUGGCUCGGUAGGCGCAGGAGGGAUCUUGCCCCCCCCCCCCCUCCGGCCUCACCUUUCGUGGUCUUUGCGGUUGGCUUAACCAGUCUUUCCUAUGGCUGGGAUAUACAGCUCUACUCUGAAGACCCUGGAGGAUUUAACUUUGGACUCUGGUUAUGGGGCAGGGGAUUCCUGCAGGUCCCUUAGUCUCUCUUCUUCCAAGUCCAACUCCCAAGCCUUCACCUCUUCUCAGCACAGAGGCAACUGGUGGUAUUACUCGGGCUCGAUGAACAGUAGGAACAACAGCUGGGAUACCGUGAACACUGUUCUGCCGGAAGACCCCGAGGUUGCAGAUAUCUUUUCCAAGUGUCCUAAGCUGCCGGAUCUAGAGGAAUACCCUUGGACUGAUGAAGACAUUGGAAGAAUUCUCAGAAAAGGGAAGGGAGAUGGCAACGCCAGAACCUUUUCUCAGGAAGCUGUCAGGCGGCUCUCGCAGCUCCUGAGGCGAGCCUUGAUCAGGGUCUCCAGGGAAGCUCAGCGCCUCAGCGUGAUGCACUCCAAGUGCACCAGGUUUGAGGUGCAAAGCGCCAUCAAGCUCAUCCAGAGCUGGUCGUUGUCAGAAAGCUGUGUCUUGGCGACUGUCAAGGCGCUCUCUCUCUACAGCAUGAGCGCUGGAGAUGGACUGAGGAAAGGUAAAUCGGCUAGAUGUGGCCUCACCUUCUCAGUGGGGAGGUUUUUCAGGUGGAUGGUGGACACUAGGAUCUCGGUUAGGAUCCAUGAAUAUGCAGCCAUCUCUUUAACCGCUUGCAUGGAAAACCUUGUAGAAGAGAUUAAGGCUAGGGUUUUGGCAAGUCAGAGCCCGGAUGGUGGAGGAGGGGAGAUCUCGGGUGAAACCCUGGAGAUGGUUAUCAACAACGAUGCUGAACUUUGGGGAGUGUUGCAACCUUACGAGCAUCUCAUCUGUGGGAAAAACGCUAAUGGUGUGCUGUCUCUGCCUGCCUACUUCAGCCCAUACAACGAUGGCUCUGUGUGCAGCGAUGGACGGGCUGAUGCUUACGCCCAGUUGGAACUCCGAACUUUAGAGCAGUCUCUGUUGGCAACUUGCGUUGGAAGCAUCUCUGAACUGAGUGAUUUGGUAUCACGAGCAAUGCACCACAUGCAGUGCUUGAACACCAUCCGCCCAGGAAUGAGCCCCAUUCGGCAAACCCGGCAGCAGCAACCCAUCUCCUGGUCCCCUGAUGCUCUCCACACCCUCUACUACUUCCUACGCUGUCCUCAGAUGGAGUCCAUGGAGAAUCCCAACCUUGACCCUCCUAGAAUGACCCUGAACAAUGAACGACCCUUCAUGCUUCUGCCGCCGCUGAUGGAGUGGAUGAGAGUGGCUAUCACCUACGCUGAGCACCGGCGCAGUUUAACUGUGGACAGUGAUGAUAUCAGGCAGACAGCCAGACUGCUCUUACCCGGACUGGACUGCGAGCCCCGGCAGCUAAAACCUGAAUGCUGCUUUAGUUCCUUCCGGAGGCUGGAUGCUAAGGCUGCUACUGAAAAAUUCCAGCAGGAUCUGGGUUUCCGAAUGCUAAACUGUGGAAGGACAGAUCUGAUCAACCAAGCAAUCGAUGCACUGGGACCGGACGGGGUUAACACCAUGGAUGAUCAGGGUAUGACCCCACUGAUGUAUGCCUGUGCUGCUGGAGAUGAAGCCAUGGUCCAAAUGCUUAUAGAUGCUGGAGCAAAUUUAGAUAUACCAGUUCCCAGUACCUCUCCACGAUACCCUUCAGUCCACCCUGACAGCCGGCACUGGACCGCUCUUACCUUUGCUGUGUUACACGGGCACAUCUCUGUUGUUCAGCUGCUCUUGGAUGCUGGUGCCCACGUUGAGGGCUCUGCCGUUAACAGUGGAGAAGACAACUACGCCGAGACUCCUCUUCAGCUGGCUUCAGCAGCAGGGAACUACGAGCUGGUCAGCUUAUUGCUAAGUAGGGGUGCUGAUCCACUCUUGAGUAUGUUGGAAGUCAACGGUAUGUCUUCGUCGCUUCAUGAAGAUAUGAAUUGCUUCAGUCACUCGGCUGCACAUGGGCACAGGAACGUUCUGCGCAAGCUCCUGACCCAGCCCCAGCAACUGAAGGGAGAUGUGCUCUCACUGGAGGAGAUUUUAGCUGAGGGAGUGGAGAGUGACACCUCCAGCCAGGGCAGCUCCAGCGAGGGGCAAGUCAGGCUGUGUAAAACAAGAAUGAAGGCUCUGCAGGAGGCCAUGUAUUACAGUGCUGAGCACGGCUACGUAGACAUCACCAUGGAGCUCAGGGCACUUGGAGUCCCAUGGAAACUCCAUGUGUGGAUCGAGUCACUACGGACAACCUUCUACCAGUCUCGUUACUCAGUUGUACAGACCCUCUUGCGGGAAUUUGUCACCAUUAAAGAGGAGGACUAUAAUGAAGAACUGGUUAAUGAAGGGUUGCAGCUCAUGUUUGAUAUCCUCAAAACCAGCAAAAAUGAUUCUAUCAAUCAGCAGCUCGCAUCCAUCUUCACCCACUGCUAUGGCAGCAGUCCGAUACCCAGCAUUCCUGAAAUCCGAAAGACACUGCCAGCUCGCCUAGAUCCUCACUUUCUAAACAAUAAAGAAAUGUCUGAUGUAACUUUCUUAGUAGAAGGAAAGCUAUUUUAUGCACACAAAGUCCUGCUGGUUACUGCAUCUAACAGGUUUAAGACGCUAAUGACCAAUAAAACAGAACAUGACAGCCAUGGCAGCAAGACUGUUGAAAUCAGCGAUAUGAAAUACAGUAUUUUCAAGAUGCUGAUGCAGUAUUUAUACUAUGGAGGAACAGAAUCUAUGGAAAUUCCCACCACUGAUAUCUUAGAGCUGUUGUCGGCUGCCAGCCUGUUUCAACUGGACGGCCUCCAGAGACACUGUGAAAUCCUCUGUGCCCAGACGAUCAGCAUGGAGAACUCUGUUAACAUCUAUAAAUAUGCAAAGAUUCACAACGCGCCUGAACUAGCCUCCUUUUGUGAGGGCUUCUUCCUCAAACACAUGAGCUCUCUUCUGGAACAGGACUCGUUCAAACAGCUGAUCUACAGCAGGAACAGCAAAGUGCAAGGCCUGGACCCUCUGCGGGACUUGCAGACAACCCUGGCCGGCCGCCUGCACUCCGUGUACGUCACCUCCAGGGUGUGAAGCAGGAGCAAGGCAGUGGCAGGAGCACUGGUUCAAACUGCACGGGGAUGCGUCGUCAGGCAAAGCUGUGGCUUUCCUCUUUGCCUUCUGGAUCUUGCUGAAAGUCCCCUACAACCCCUAGGCAAGGGUGCUGUGCCUCGUCCCACUGACGGAGGGGGAGCUGGCUUCUCUGUGCUACUACUGUCACAGAAACACUGUCACAGCGCAAACAAGACCUGAGGAUGCAAGUGAAGAACCUGAACCGAAGAGAAGAUCUACGCUGCCAUUUAAACAAGCACAACGCAGGGCUGUAGAGAAGCGAGGCAAUUUACCUAGACCCAACACCUAAUAUGUAGUCUUAAGUGUCUGUCUACACACCAUAAUGGCCACCUAGUUCAUACGCAUAGAUGUUUUACUUGUAAAAAGGCUGCAUAGAAGGAGUUUUCUAAUCCUAUGGACCACUGCCCAUUCAACGAGUCAUCUGUCUGAACACAAAGGCUGGUGUACACAAACUACUUCACUGUAGUAAAAACCACCAGUGUCUAUACAUGUCAAGAGACUCUGCCAUCAAUCUUCCCCCAACCUGUUUGCACCUUGAAAGAGAGAUAUUUUGUACAUGUUCAAAGCUGAGUAGAAACUAAUACUAACUCUGAAAUGACUCACUCUUUAAACCUGAUAUGAAGAACCAAGCUGGGGCAGGGAGGAGAGGAUUGGGGUUUUUUAUUUUUUUAAUACAGUUUCACUGUGCUAGUUGUUAAUCUGGAUCCAUUUUGAGGCGGGGAAAAAAAGGCUGUCUACCCUUUCCACUAUCGAUGUUUGAUAGUCCCAAUCACUUUCACAUUAAAAACCUGUUUCUGAACAUUAUCUGUGAGACCUGACGCCAUAAAAGAUUCUAAGAGACUCAGGUGUAGUAGGAGCUAGCACUAUGCUGAAAAACUGUCCAAUAGCAUAAAUAGCAAUAAAAGUCUCCCCAAGACCCCGAGGAACAUACAGCUUGAUGGUUUGUUCUCUCUCUGGAGCUAGUUGGGAUUAAGAAGCUCUGACCUCUACAGUCUCUGCUUCCACAGCCUCAUCCAUGGAAUGAUGUUGUUUCCACAGAUACGCUACCUCAGGGGGGACUGGGCAUAGUGCACACCUGGCUGCUUCCUAGAGGUAGGCUGCAGUCUGACAUUUAGGCAGCAGCACUUAAAACAAGAUGGCUCAACUCAAAUGCCCAAGAUUCACAUUUUUCCUUUGUUCGCAUUAGACAUGUUUCUGGUCCAAAAGGACUCAUUCUAGGCCGCCUUCUAUCUGACACAGGAGAACUAAAAGGAGGCAGUUCAAGCUACAGUUUGGAGUCUGAAGCAAUGUUUUUGUGUGUGUUUUUUUUAUCUUAAAUAAUCCCAACCGUAGGAACACAGUUAGUUGUGUAAAAACCACAGACCUUGCUCUUACCAAUAGCUUUAAGGAAAGACCUUCAGAUAUUCCCACGGAUCUUUGUUAGCACCCACCAAAAGCAUUUGCUAAGAUGCUUUCACUCGUUAUAGGUGGGUGAAGGAGAAGAGGAAGCCAAGCUUGCAGUGGAGAACUACUGCUUCUUAGAAAUUCAACAAUUAAUAUUGUAACUGAACACACUGGAAGAAGGAGGCUCAGCUGGGCCCAAGCUUCAAAGCAUGACAUAGACAUGGUUUAGGUAGAUGAAGGGAAGGAGAACAAACUCCAGCAUCUCCCAACAAAUCCAUCAAAAUCUGACAUGGCCUCAUUCCUAAAGGAUUUACAUGAGAGGCAAAUUGCAUGCAAGGAUAAUAAUGGUUAGUCUAGGCUCAGUAAGCUGACAGACAAGUUGGUCAGGGCACACUCCAAUUUGUCCUUUAGGUACACAUUCAUUUUUGAAGAUCACCAGCUUCAAUAACCCUAUUUAUUAUCAGAAAGCCAUACAGGUGUUUCAAAAUUAUCACUGGUCUGCCUGAAAAAUACCACAAAAGGCUUUAUCUUGGAAAGUAUUUUCAAGUAGCUGCUCCACCUAUCUGUACAAAUAUGUAGGUCCUCUUUUGUUGCUGUAAUAUUACAAUGCUUUGUUAAUUGUACAUUAAUGUUGUCAUUUAUGUAAAUGUACCAGGAUUUUAUUAACAACAUAAUUUUAAAAUACA